AUGUUGUCGUCUUCAAGCAGUAACGCGUGGCUGUGCGGAUGUGGACGUCCGGUUAGAAUGUGGAUGACAUGGACGCUAAAGAAUCCUGGAAGGAGGUUCCUUGGUUGCACAAACUACAAUGAUGAAUACAUAAAUUGUGGUUUUUUUUGUUGGAUUGACCCACAACUGCCGAACAAGUGGUAUAGAGAGAAGAUAUACGAGUUGAGAGCUCAAGGCAAUCGUAAAGAUGUCAUUUUAGAUGCCUCCCCUCCCCCCCCCCCCCCCCCCCCCGACGCUCCUGUCAAUUUUCAUGUCAAUGAAACCCCGAAUCAAGUUGUUAUUCAAGAUACCAAUGAACAUGGUAAUGGCCUUUGA